AUGACAUUAUCACUGUCAUUUUUCAAGUUGAUAAUUGCACUGCUGGCGGAACGUAGUUUUAUGAACAGAACGUGUGACAGUUUUCGAUUUCGCAGGUGGUGUGCAGACGCCAUCGGGAGACUCGCAAAAAGAGAGAAUCUCUGUGGACGGCACGUUUUGGCCAUACGUCUCACAGCAAUUUUCUUCCCGAUUCGAUCUCUUCUCCCAUUCCAACAUUUCAAUAUCUGUCAAGUUUUUCUCGUCCAACCAACAUUACAUAAAUUUGUUUGAACUUUGAAUGUCUUUUUGUUGGAUUUUUUUAAUUUUUUAGAUAUCCUUCCGACUUCAAGAUGAAUCCCGUGUCGCACUCCUCAAACGAAUCCACCACUGAAGUUGCGCAGCCGCCAGUUCCUGUCGUCCUAUCCAAAGAAGACCAAGGUAUCUAAACAUUUUCCAAGGAAUUUUAGCUCUAGAGCAACUCAACUCAAAAAAAAAGGUCUAAUUUUAAAGAGCUAAAAAGACGAGGCUUGAUGGACGACGAGGAACUGGCCGGUUACAAGUUAUGGAGAGAAACGGUUAAUCGUUAUCAUUUCUUUCCGUUGUUCAUCGAUUGAAUUCAGGAGUUCGGGAAGGUGUACUGGAACAUCCAAGAAGACAAAGAAAACGUCCCUUCUCACAUCAAACCUGCUCAACGAGAGAACCUCCUCGAAGGGCCUGAGCCGGUUACACCAGACGACGGCAGAGUAAUCGUCCUCGCCAAGUAAUUUCUUAGCUUAAAAAGACUUGACAUGAAUUCUGGAAAAUUUCAGACGCAUAGUAAUUGAUCUCACCUAUGAAGACGACGACAACUUCGACAUCGCUUUUGAUUAA